UACCGCUCCCAAUUCCCAAACCUGCCCCAUAGCCGCAAGACAAGAAAGACAUCACCACAAUCCAGCCGGCAAGGAACAAGGAACAAGGAGCAGGAGGGCCCGCGUUUACAACGGUGGCAAACUUGCGUCCCCGGUUUCUCUCACCAAGUAGUCAAGUACAGCAGCGAUCGGCUUGCCGUGUGAAGGAUCAAACGACGGGGAGACGGGAGAGGAAUCUUCAUCUCUAGUCCAGCAGCACAACACAGAGCAGCGCCCUAUCAUGAAUAUUCCAUUCAUCGUCUCCAUCGUUCCAUUAUUGCAUGAUAGGUACCCAAAUCGCGCUCCACUCAAAGGCAGAACCGAUUUCCCCAGAGAGGGAAAAGAAAAAAAAAGAUAACAGAUCCCUCCCUACCUUGGCAUCCAUCCUUGUGCUAUGCUAUGGAGAGCCUAAGCUAGGCAGUUUAGCUAUUAGUUAUAGCUUCUCCCAAGUGAUGAGCAGCUUCGAGAGAGAUAGCUCUCUCCAUAGUCCAAACGCUUCUAUCCUCCCCCCCAGAGGUGGGAUAUGGGGAGGGCGCGGACACUGCCGAGGGUAAUUGAACUAUGUUACCUCUGAUUGAACAAAUCUAUGGAUAUAAUAAUAAUACACCCGUUCUUCCCCCAUGGUUCUUCUUGCUCGUACUCUUUGAAUCCCCAGGGUCACCAAAACGCUCUGGCUACAGGGUCCUGAGCUAAGGUUCACCUGGGUAGUACUGUAGUUGCAAGAACUAUAUUUACGAAAUCCUAAUAAUAAAUAACAAUAUCUACUCCUAGCUACCUUAGGCCUCCCUCAGGCUCACUGUCGCCCGUCAUGGCAGGGAAAUUCAUUCAGUACCUGCGUGGCACCGAAAGCAGGCCAGGUGAAGCUGCUUUGCUGCGCAAGAUCGACUUUUUCAUCCUCACCUUCUGCUGUCUUAUGUACUUUGCCAAUUAUCUGGAUCGGACAAACUUGAACAAUGCAUACGUCUCCGGGAUGAAGGAGGAUCUGAACUUCCAGAGGAACCAGCUCAAUUUGAUUAAUACGAUUUUUACCGUCGGAUACAUUCUCGGCCAGGUGCCCUCCAACUUGGCGCUCAUUCAUUUCAAACCCAGAAUCUUCUUCCCCUGCAUGAUGUUGUUCUGGGGUGGUUUGACCAUGAUUACCGCCUCUGUCCAAAAGCCGCAGUCUAUCAUGGCCAUCCGUUUCUUCCUCGGCCUAGCUGAGUCCAGCACUUUCGUUGGUACCCACUAUAUUCUCGGGUCAUGGUACACCGAGCGAGAGCUGGGCAAGAGAAGUGGUAUCUUCACUGCCUCAGGACUUGCAGGGACUAUGUUUGGUGGCUUUAUUCAGACUGGUAUCCAUAAGUCACUCCACGGCGCCAGAGGAAUGGCCGGCUGGAGAUGGUUGUUCAUUGUCGACGGCCUCAUUACGGUCCCUAUUGCCCUGUAUGGUCUUUUCCUCUUCCCCGACACCCCCGCUACCACCACUGCUCCAUACCUGAACGCGAAACAACGCGCUCUUGCCAUCGCCCGCGUCCCCGAGCCGCUCCGCGAACGCGCCCCGCUGAGCCUUGGUUUCGUCAAGAAGAUCUUCUCCUCCUGGCACUGGUAUGGCUUCGUCAUGCUCUGGGUCAUCGCAGGAGAGACCGAAUCCUUCUCCACCAACGCCCUGCUGGCGCUCUACAUGAAAUCGCACCCAACAAACAGCUACUCCGUCCCGCAGCUAAAUAACUACCCCACCGGCGUGCCGGCAGUCGGGAUCGUCUCCACGCUCUUCUGGGCCACGCUGACUGAUUUCCUGGGCGGGAAGCGAUACCUUGUCGGCUACUGGAUUGGUAUUACAGGCAUUGCUACUUCUGCAAUGAUUCUUGGCCCCGGGUCGUCCACGGCGACGAUCUUCGGCGCGUAUUACUGGGCUGGUUCCGUGUAUGCGUGCCAGGCAACGUUCUUCGCGUGGGCGAACGACGUCAUGCGCUACAAGGACGAUGCCAUGCGCAGCAUUGUCAUUGCUAGUAUGAAUAUGGGGAGCAACGUGGUGAACGCGUGGUGGGCUUUGCUGUUCUAUUCGGCCGAUCAGGCACCUUUCUUCACGAAAGGUAUGUGGGCUAUGAUUGCCUGCUCGAUCGCAAUGGUCAUAUGGACCGCUGGUAUUGUAUACUGCUCCGCCCGAGAUGAGAAGCAGGAAGAGGCGCGAAGGCUGGAAGAGGAAGUACCGUCGAAGCUAGAGGAAGCCUAGAACAAGGGUUCCGUUGCUGACAUUCUGUGUUAUAUAAUAUUGUGUAGAACUAGCUUAGCUUUGACAUGGUGCACAUUGCUGCCCGAUUUAAGACAAUAGUGUGCUGUGCAUGAAUUAUCCCCUUUUCUUUAUUUUUAUAGAGUGUAGUGUGUAGUUGGUUGCUGGAUAGCGUAGGGUUGUCUACCUGCUCCAUAGCCCUGGA